AUGACCAAUACCGACGAAUGGCGAGAAGAUCCGCUGAGCGUCGAAGAUUUGUUCGCUGGUGGCACACUUCUGCUCAUCGCCGUCUUCUCGAUAUCCAUUUAUUCAAUCAUAUUGAGGAUCAUGCACAAGCAGGAUAAAGAUAUAGUCGGAUAUCGAUUCUUAAUAUCUGCUGGAUUCACAGACCUUCUGCUUCUUUUCAAUUAUGGAAUUUGGCCAGGGUUCACAAUUCUGCUGAAAUCGGAAAUUAUCCCAAAAUCAUGGAGAACGUGGCAACAGUUAUAUUUGGAUUGGGCGUGGUUUUCGAUGGUAGCUCAUUAUUCGCUGGUUAGCUGGUCCCGAUGGAUGGCGAUUCGGCGUCCUCUCGACUUCCGCAACCAACAGCGUCAUACUUCGUACUUACUCUGCUCCGUCUGCUAUUUGUCAUCGCUUGUAUUGGUAUUAUCAACACAUUUUCAACCUUGGUAUGUCACCUUCUAUUAUGAGCCUUCUUCGUAUGGAAUGCUCGCUGAAAACUUUGCGUUGUACCUGUCCGGCGGUCAAUCAGCUCUUUUCCUGGCAAUUCACAUCAUCGCAAUCCUUCCACCAAUCGUCUUUUAUUCAUGGUCAAUUGCUUUGUUAUAUCGCCGAAGGAAAUCGAAACAUCUUGUCCAUCAACCGUUUCAGAGCAACGUUGAGAGCAGAUUACUCAUGCCAUGUCUCUUCAAUGUCGUCACAUUUAUCAUUGGCCAAGUGUUGAUUACUGUAGGAACUGGCGAAGGAAAAUGGGCGGGAUACACCGUAAUGCUCCUUUUCGCGACAAAUUCGGCACUCAAUCCCAUCCUUCUUCUGAUUUGCUCGAAGACAUUGAGAAAACAAGUUCUCGAAUUCCUUGGAAUUGCAAAACAUGCCGCAUUGGACAAAUUCGAAGCAUCUCUUUAUAGAAAUAUUAACACGGACACAAUCAAUCUGAAAAUCAUGGAAUACGGUAGCUUAAAAUUGCUGGAGACUCCAUUUGCAAACCGUGAAUCCACAAUUGGAACACCCGUAUAA